UUCAGGGGCGGGGCGACCUUGGUUUGGCGCGAAGUUUCAUCCGAAGGAAGGAAGGAAGGAAGGGAAGAGAGGAAGGACAAGAAGGAAGGAGUUAUUUCGCUCUGUCUGUUUCGCGUCGCGGCCGCGUUUCUCCUCAGAAUCUUCCUCUUCUGGAAGAGCAGGAGAAGAAAUCAUGAAUACAAGAAGCCAAAGGAAGCGCAGCUACACAUGGAUUGGGAGAGGCUUCUGCACAGACAAACAAUGGCAGAUCUCCCAUUAUAGGGGAGUAACCGUUAAGUCAGGGAAAAGUGUUGAUGAGAGUGUCAUUUUCCUUGGAGAAUUUAUUUUAGUGGAAGCUGAGGAUACUGAUCAGCAGUUCGUGGCAAGACUUAGAAAAUUAUAUGAAGAUGGUGCUCAGCAAAAGCAUGCAGUUGUAGAGUGGUUCUCUAGUAUUGUGGAUAUACCUUUCAGUCAGCGAGUAUCUUUGGGACAAGAGUCUUCUCAGGAGAUAUUUUUUAAUGAAAAUGUUGAAUUGGAUCCCAACAUACUUGUUACAUCUAUUAUUAGUAAUGUCACGAUAUAUUGGAUUAUAAUAUACAUCAAUUCUAACCAAUCAUUGUGGAGCCUGAGGAUGAUGAGAGUUGUAGUCUUAACAUAUCUGGAUGGAUUAGACUAUAAUAAAGUUAUUCCGUUGUCCCCAUGGGAAGUGUUGCCUGUUGGGUCAAAGGAUGAAAAAAUCUUUUUCAUAAGAAAAAGUUGGGAUGGAAGAAGGUUUAAGCCAUUACCACCUGAGUUGCUGGCAGAGUUGAAGGGCUCUGUGAAAAUAAAGAGUAAAGACAUAGAUUUUGCUACUGAAUACCACCAGACUCCCUCACGGACUGUUUGCUCUCUGAGAGUGGAACCUGAACAUGCCACUUGGAAUGCCAGAGAAGACCUGAAGAGUACUGCAGACAGAGAAUCAAGAUACUCAGUUUCUAAGUCUUCACUGGCUAAGCAGAAGCAUUCCCAGAGAAUAGCCAAUGGCAUUCAUACCCCAGGAGCAAAGAAGAAAUUGCAGCUGAAUAGUCCUUUAAAAUCACCCAGAAGCAAAUUUGCAGAACGAGACAUAAUUGAGCUAGACUCCGAUUUCAUUGAGCCUUUGGAGAGAUCGGCUAUGAAACGAAAAGUGACUUUCACUGGCUUCAAAGGGUCUCCCUCAAAAAUAUCUUGUGCUACUGAUGAAGGAGAUACAUUUGCAGACAUUAAGCCAUUGAGGGACUCAUCUGAAAGAAUUAAUGGAAGCCUAUCGUCUCCUUGCCAGAGGAACAAAGAAUGUGGUCCAAAAACCAGGCGUUCUGUUGUGAAAGAGUGUGCCACAGAUGGUGUGGGCAAACAGGAUAAGAUGAACAAGACAAUAGAGCUGAAAGACUCAGAGAAACAAGCAGGAAUUCUUACAAGGAAUUUCAAGAAUCAGCAAAGUAUAUGUGAAGAACAAGAAUUGAAAUCUGGAGGCCCAGCACUAACUCCACGGUCACGCAGGAAAUGUGUACAGAGAACUGCUAUCCAUGUUGCAGAACAACUUGAUUUAUGUGAAGAAUUAAAAUCUGAAGGUCCAGCACUAACUCCACGGUUACGCAGGAAAUGUGCACAGAAAACUACUAUUCGAGUUGCAGAACAACUUGGUGUCUUGGAAACAGAUGGGGAGGAAGAGGAUUUCAUUUCUACUUCAGAAAGUUCUGACUCUAGUAGCAGUGAUGAAGAAGAUAGAAAGGUGUUUUGUACACCUAAGAGGCAAAUGAGAUCCACGUCAAAAAACUUGAGGAAACCAUCUAGUGGAAAAUCUGCCAAAGACCCAAGCAAAACUCCCGAUCAAAGAACUCCCAAGACACCACGCAAUGCUACUCCCAGAAUUCGGAUGCGAAAUCAAACCACUCCAAAGCCAGGCAAUGCUCUUGAAGAGGCUAGAGUGAGGCUACAUGUGUCUGCUGUCCCAGACUCCUUGCCAUGCCGUGAAAAAGAAUUUCAGGAUAUCUGUAACUUUAUAGAAAGCAAACUCAUUGAUGGGACUGGCGGAUGUAUGUACAUUUCUGGAGUUCCUGGGACAGGCAAAACAGCAACUGUUCAUGAGGCCAUUCGUUACCUUCAGCAGGCAGCAGAAAAUGAUGAGCUACCCUCCUUCCAGUUUAUAGAAAUUAAUGGCAUGAAGUUGACAGAUCCACACCAAGCCUAUGUGCAAAUCUUAAAGUUACUGACAGACCAAAAGGCAACUGCAAACCAUGCUGCUGUUCUCCUGGAGAAGAUGUUCUGCAAGUCUGGAUCUAAAAGGAAAACUAUAGUACUUGUAGUAGAUGAGCUUGACCUCUUGUGGACCAGAAAACAAAAUGUGAUGUACAGUCUCUUUGACUGGCCAACCCAAAAAAAUGCCAAGUUAAUCGUCUUAGCCAUUGCUAACACUAUGGAUUUGCCAGAGAGAAUUAUGAUGAACAGAGUAGCCAGCAGGCUGGGUCUUACCAGAAUGUCUUUCCAGCCAUAUACCUUCAGGCAGUUACAGAAGAUUAUCUCAACCAGAAUGGGCCCAUUGAAAGCAUUUGAGGAGGAUGCAGUUCAGCUUGUUUCCAGAAAGGUUGCAGCUUUAUCUGGUGAUGCAAGACGUUGCCUUGAUAUCUGCAGAAGGGCCACAGAGAUCUGUGAACUUUCUGAUCAGAACAGUGACUCGGGACUAGUUGGCAUGGCACAUGUCAUGGAAGCCAUGGAUGAAAUGUUCUCAUCUUCUUAUAUAAGCACAAUUCGGAAUGCAUCAUUACAGGAGCAAACCUUCCUAAAAGCAAUAAUUGCAGAAUUUCGCAGGUCAGGACUGGAGGAGGCUACAGUUCAACAGGUAUAUCACCACCAUGUUGCACUGUGUAGAAUUGAAGGCCUACAAACUCCUACCAUAUCAGACACAAUAGCAAUUGCCUCACGGCUUAGUGCUUGUAGACUUUUGCUAGCAGAAUCUAGUCAUAAAUAUCUUCACAUGCGGGUUCGACUUAACGUUAGCCAGGAUGAUGUUAUGUAUGCACUUAAGGAAGAAUAAGGUCAACUGUACAUUUCUGUCAAUGCAUCUAUGUAUACUGGGUUUAAGUUAAAUUUUAAAGAUGUUUAUUUUAAAUUAUAUGGUGCUGAUUAAACUAGAAUGUAGGUAUUUUGAAACCAAUGUCAAAGUUCUUUUAAUUUACUUCUGAUUCACAACAUGUAUGAACACAUUGUACUAAAAUGUUUUUCUUCAGCUGUUCAAUGUAUUUCCAUUUCCCGGCUUUCUCUGCUCAAUUGAGACAUGAUCUUGCUGAUGUGUAGUUCCCACACAGGUCCACACCAUUCCUUACAUAAUGCAGCUUUUAAAAAUCCUAUGACAAUUAAUCCUGAGCUCUGAAAAGUUAUUUGUUGGUCUACAACUCCUCAAAUCCUCACCCAACGUGAUCACAAAAAUAUAAACUGGAAAAAGACUAGCACUAAUUUUCAGACUGUAUUUUGCAAACCUUUUGAUUGUGGUUGGGAGCAAUUUGCUAACAUUUCCAAUUAAAACAUGACAGACUGAAUGGCGAA